AGAGAGGGGAAGGAAGGGUUUGCUCUGGAUUCUUCUUCUCUCUAAAACCAAGACCAAAAACCACGACUUUUUAUUUUCUAAAAAUAAAUCCAGAGGGUUUUGGUCUGAUCGCUUGUUUGCUUGCUGCCUUGCUGGGGUACAAUUCUGAACUCAACCUUAAAUUUCAACAAUUUGAUACUGGCGGCUAAAAGAAUCAAAGAGAAAUGGAGGAAGCAAUAGCAGCUAGGUAUUGGUGCCACAUGUGUUCUCAGAUGGUGAACCCCAUCAUGGGAGAAGAAAUGAAAUGCCCUUUUUGCCAAAGCGGAUUUAUUGAGGAAAUGGAUGGCACCCCAAGGGACAAUCCUGAAGCCGACUCUGAAUUUGGGCCUGAUCGACCUCUCUCCCUCUGGGCUCCAAUCUUGAUGGGCAUGAUGAGCAAUCCCCGCAGACGACGGAGAUUGAGACGGCAAGAGUUUGAUGAGGAGGAGGAUGAGGAUAAUGAGAAUGAUGAUGUCCAUGGGGGAGACACUGAACUGGACAGAGAACUUGAAUCAAUCAUCCGAAGGAGGAGGAGAAGCUCAUCUACCAUUCUUCAACUGCUUCGAGGCAUUCGAGCAGCUGGCUUGGCAUCUGAAUCAGAUAAUUCUGAGACUGAUAGGGACAGGGAUAGGGAUAGGGACAGAGAAAGGGAAAGGGAACGCCUAAUUCUUAUCAAUCCUUUUAAUCAAACCAUCAUUCUUCAUGGUUCGUAUGAUUCAAGUCAGGGUCAAAACAACAAUCACACCCCUAUUGGUUCCUUAGGUGAUUACUUCAUUGGGCCUGGUCUGGACUUAUUGCUGCAACAUUUGGCGGAGAAUGAUCCUAAUAGAUAUGGAACACCACCUGCAAAAAAGGAGGCAGUGGAAGGUCUGCCCACUGUGACAGUUAAGGAGAAUUUACAGUGUUCUGUGUGCUUGGAUGAUUUGGAGAUUGGGGUUGAGGCAAAAGAAAUGCCAUGUAAGCAUAAAUUUCAUGGAGAGUGUAUUCUGCCAUGGCUGGAGCUUCAUAGUUCCUGCCCAGUAUGCAGGUUUCUGUUGCCUGCUGAUGAAGCCAAAUGCGAUUCCAAUAAUUCUAGGAACAGCAGUAACCAGAGUGAUGGCGAGAACAUUGACGGUGAUGGGGAAGAGGGAGAUGUGGAUGGGGAUGGGAUUGGGAGAAAUGGAAGUGGCAGAAGGUUUCAAAUUCCAUGGCCCUUCAAUCUGUUUUCAUCCACAGAAUCUCAAACUAGUGGCAGCGGGGGUAAUUCUUCGUCAUCAGCAAAUGCAACUGGAAGUGGGAAUGGGAGUGCUUCGUCUCAACCAGAUGACAAUUGAAUUUGAGUAUAUUUCCAUCAGUUCCUCCUAUCCUUUAUACGUAUUGGGUACUUGUUCAUUAUGUGGCUUCAAAUCUUCAAUGGUCUGCUGCCCUGCUGCCUGUGUACAUAGUAUAUUACUUGAAUGUGAAUCUUGGAAGUUCAAGUUGUGUCCUUGUGUUUUCCAAACAAACGAGGUCUUUUGUAGAUGUCAUGGCCUCCUGGAACAAUUUCUACUAUUGCUAUUUUUACUUUUUUCUAUC